CAUAAGACACCACCAAAGACAGGAGAACAAUUUAAAAGCCUUGAAAGACCACAUGAUUCUGGAAACUCAGAGCCAGCUAUGAACGACGAGAGACAGCAAAAUGGAAUAAUGGGUAAAAGUGUGGUCAAUGGUACAGGCAACAGCUAUGUCAAACAUCCAGGCACCACCCAGAUGGAUGCUACAGAUGACCAAGGUUAUGGACAUAAGAAAGUAGUAAAGGUGGUUCGUCGUGUUGUCAGGAAGAUCCUGCCUACAGAAGAGGAUGAGACCCAGGGGCCAACACUGCCAUCGAACAAGUCCUUGCAGGCCACCAAACCUGCAGCACCAGCUGCCGUGUCUAAACCCCCCACAAAUUCAGGGUUCUCUUUUAAACAUGAUGGUUUUAAAACAGAAGAAAAGGACGACAUCUCACAUGGACUGACGAGCCUCAUGGUCAGAGGCAGAACACGAGAGCCCCGUCCACGAAUACGCAAUGAGGAACGAAUGGAAAAAAUAGAGUUGGAGAGGAAAAAUGAGAAGAAAGAAGAAAAGGUUGAGCAGGCAGAAACAAAAGAGCAGCACCAAAAGGACAAGUCUACAAUAAAACCAAAGGAAGUUAACCCUAAACUCACAAGCUCUGGUCCAGUUACACAAGGGCCCAAAUCAGCUGUAAAUCAAACCAGCACGACUUCAAUGAGCUCAGCUCCAGCUUCUUCCAAAUCCACUCAUUCCAGACCCUCACCUCUUUCACCUGUUGCUGGCUCGACCCCAGCUUCCAAAUCCACACCCUCGUUUCCACCUGGUGGCUUCACCCCUGUAUCCAAAUCCACCAUUUCAAAUUCUCCUCCAACCAACUCAGUUGCCCAAAAAGCUUCCGCCCUCUCUCCUUCAUCUCGUUUCAUCCCUGUCCCCAAACCUUCUCAAGUUGCUACCCCUGCCUGUCUGAGUCCCGCUCCACUCUCACCCUCUCCAAGAGUUAUUCCCAUUCAACAACCUGCUGUCUGUCAACAAGAGGAGGUGCCACUCAUUCCCACCGAGGAGGCUCAGAGGCGUCUGAUGAGGAUCUUCGGUGUCCCUCUGGAGCCAACAGUCAAUGUUUCGUCCUCUGUCCAAGUCCAUGUCCCUGCAGCCUCGCAGCCGCAGUGUUCCUUCCAGGUACAACAGCCUCCAUGUCCUCCUCUGGGCCCCCUGACUAGAAUUUGUUCUUGUGUGAUGUCGCGGAGUAUAAGACUCUGAAUCCUUCUAACUUUUCCUCAUUUUUUCAAACCUGUAACUGGUUAUUUAUUCUCAGUCAUACUAUAAUUCUAACCCUGUUUGAUGGUGGCCUUUUUGUGCAUGAAAGGAACCACAUUGAAAGAAUAUUUCUAACCACUAACAAUCAGGAAAUGUUCCUGUAUUGUAAUUCUGGUUUGUCUGCCGUAGAUGUAGAUUUUUUUUUUAUUUUAGGCAAGUAUUGUAAAAGUAUUGUGUUACACAAGCAAAUUAAAAUAAUAGUAUUUCAUUUGAAUGUUAUAAUCCAAUAUGGCAUUUACAGAAUAUUGGUGAUUUUUUUACAGACUAAACAAAGAUGGUCACUGCCUCCCACUGUACAAACCUUUAGCCAAUAUAUCUCGGAUAUCUCGUAAGAGUGAUGUCUUAGUGACAUUAGUGCUAUGCUCUACCUUAAAAUUACAGAAACCUUUCACAAAAUACAUAUCGGUCUAUCUUCUGAUUUAAUGUUUUGGUUCGGUCCAUGUCCUGUCUGCUAACAUGGAGGAGAUGGGGUUAAUGAUCUGUGCUGUAGCCAGUCAUCUGGAUGGAAUCCAGCCUCACUUAGGUCCUUUAUUUACAGUUGAUGGUUUUGUUUAGUGUUAAAUAUUGAAUUCUUGUUGUAUCAUCAACACAAAACUGCAAUUGGUGACACAGUAGCAUUGUGCUUAUGCUUGUUCCACAAAGUAUUGGACUGAUGGAAAAACACCUGAAUUUGCUGUGUAUUUAUUGUUCACUGAAGUCUGUUGUAAGAUCGUGAGACUAACACAUUGAAGUGGUGUGGAGCAUGUAAAAUAAUAAAUAAAUAAUCUGUGUUUGGUUUGUGUGGCUAAUUAUGAUAGCUGAUGUCAACCUUUGACGUCCAGCAGUAAUUAAUGAAGUAUUGUAAUGGAUCAUAUCGGUUCCUUAUGACAGUAACUGAUAUCCUUGUCACACGUGCUGUGAGGACAUGUCCGACACACAACACUCUGUUCAGAUGCAAAGACAGUUUAGAAUUUUGCAUUUGAUCUCUGUUUGUGUGUCUGUAUAAAAUGUGUUGCCCGUUAUAACUGUAAACUCUGACCUCCUCAUGCUGGCCAAAU